AGACUGUGUGGCUGGCAGCAGAGGAAGACUUCAUCUUGAUUUCAGAGAGAGAUAACACCCUCGAUAGGACUGUGACAAAGGCUAGAUAGGCAGUGUGAGAGGAGAUAGUGAGGGAGUGUAGACGCCAGCAGAGAGAGGAGAAGACAGGAGAGGAGUGAGAGGCAGAGGAGGGACUGUGCGAUACACUGUGCCUUUAAAGCCUCCAAGCCCCUCCUCCACAGAGCCGAGCAGAACAGUCGAGUGGUGCUGGCAGGAGCCCGAGCCCCACGAUAAACUCUGGCAUCAGCUUCCCUUCAUCUGGCAGUCAGCGAGGACACAGUGAGGGCGCAGGGGCAGAGAGACAGGGACGGAGAAAGAGGAAGAGUGACAGAAAGGGGGUAGAGAGAGGUGAAAAACAGGAAGAUAGACAGACAGGGAGAGGCUGUCAUUGGAAUCACACAGCUCCUUUUUCACAGAAGCAGCUCAAGCCACUCUGUCUGCUGCCUCCCGAUGCAGGCGAACACUGACGGGGAUGACGGGUGGCGUGUUUUCAGCGGCGCAAUUAUCUGAGUGAUGGUAACGGCGGCAGCGGCAGCAUCACAAUCCAAAGCAGGAGCUCUCCUUGCCGCUCUGGCUCUUAGUCAUCCCUCAGCCACCUCUCUCCCUUCUAAGAGUGCUAUCAGGGCCAUUCAUCGUUCCCAUCUCAUGCCUCCUGCCUCCUCCCUCCUCCUCCUCCACAGCUUCAUCCUCCACUUCUACUCCUCCUCUGAUGAGCCACAGCCUCAGAGUGAAAUAACCCUGCUGAUAGAAGCUUCUCUCUCUGUGCCAUGUGUGAUUGGCCAGCACACCCCGUGGCAGUGGCAUCGCCCCGGAUUUGGCGAGAAGCUCUCCCCCCCGCUUGUUCUCCGGGGCUCCUCUGGGAAGCUUUCAUGGGAUUUAUCUCGUCCUGCUGGAUGGCACGGAGCUCUCUGCCUUUCUGAAAAGAGUCCAGAGAGAAAACAUACACUACACGGAUAAGAAGUAAAAUAAUUAUCCAAUCACAGCACAAGGAGGCAGACCGGGUUCCCUUAGCAACAACUGAAGGAGAGAAGAGAAUCCUUUUCUCUUUCUGCUCCCUUGGUUUUUGGGCACACCCCUGUGGACUGCUGUGGGUCAGUGUUUUUUUUUUUUUUUAAUUUUCUGUGAGAGGACUUGGAGAGAGCGCUGUUGCAUAAGACAAGCUGCUACCCAAAUUCCAGAGGAAGGUGCUUGUUUGCCUUCCAGACCCUCUUGUAACUGUGUCUCAUCGACACCAUGAUUUUUUUGUUAUCCCUCCACAAAUUCUCAUCACAAGUCACGUUCCGCCGGCUUAGAAAUCAAUUCAUUCUGAUCCCACGCCACCUGGAAUAAGCCCUGCUUUGGGGGUGGGGUGGGGUGGGGUGGGGGGAAAGAGAGAGAGAGAGAGAAAUUGGACGCUCUGUGCAAAGACCCACACCUGCCUUGCUCGCUUUCAUGGACGAGAAAUGAAGGACAACAUGAUUAAGUCAUCAUCUGCAAAGAGAAUGGAUGUGAGGCAAAGUUUAUUUUGAUGUGAGUUUCUACUGAGAAUCUUUUUAUUUUUCCUGGAGGAGGGAAUCGCCACACUCCACAGAGGAAUCCCCCCCCCCUUUUUUUCCAAACAGGAUCUGUCCUUUCUCUCUUUAAAGACAGUAGCCUUCACUGAGGGACUAUAUUUAGACAGCAAAUCUUGCCCCCGCUGGCCACCAAAAAUGUAGAACACGAUUUUGAAAAUUGAGGCACUGCUGGGAGUUCUAUUUUUCUAUCUGUGUUGGAUAGCUGGUUCUGUAGAAGGGUUAAUGUGAACCCCCCUUUCUGCUUUCACUUUUGUAUGUUAGCCUGCCAUUAUGCCACUGUGUCUCACGAGUAAAAAAGGUUGUACAGGACAAGUGGAAGAGGGAAGAAGUCUCUUCCCUGUAUAGACAGGCAUUUUAAAUAGCAUCUUCUCUGGAACAAUUUCAAACAUACACAAUGACACAUGAGAUGAGUUGGCUCAACAUGAUUAUGUAAGAGUUUCGUACCAGCUUUAGCCCAUGUAUUUUGCCUCUUCAUUUUCCAUGGAUUUACUGCGUUUGACUUUUCCCAUACUCAUUUUCUCUUCGUUUUUGGAAACAUCUACCAGAAGGAAUGGAUGUCAGAGCGUGACCCUGUGCCAAGUGUGCGGGCGAGGCAAGGUGUUUUGGCUGCCCAGGUGCUUUCUAAGAUGUUGAGGUCUCCCUGCGUGGCCGGGGCCCCUGUUCGGAUCAGUAGCACUGAGGCUCCCCGUAGCCAAAGACAUGGACCCCGACUCGGCUCCCCCACGCCCUCAGCCUGUUGGCCACUGGCCCCACGUCACCCUGUAAAGGAUGUCCCUCAGCAGAGCUCCGGCCCGGGACACCUCUGAGACCCCCAGCCCGAGAGAACGCAUCCGCAGCCACAUGAAGAUGGUGAUCGACCAGCUGGAAGGCAUUCUCAAAGAGCUCAAGGAUGUGGCCAAGGAACUCCGGGAGGUGGUGGGUCAGAUUGAUAAACUAACGUCCGACUUUGACUUUGACCUGGAGCCAGAUGACUGGACGGUGGCCACAGCCAGCAGUACGUCCAGCAGUGAGCGGGGUUUGGGAGAGGCCUUCAGGCUGGACUUCCUCAAUGCAGAUGUACUUUCGGAUAGCUGGGAGUUUUGCAGCUACCUGGAAGCUGCUGGUGCCGCCGCCCGCAGACCUGGUGAGCAAUCAGGGGACCUACGACCGGAGCUGGGCCGUGGGACCAUCCCCACCCAGACGCAGACCCCCACCCCGCCCCCCACCACUGCCUCGGUCUACUCCCAGAUGAACGGCGGGCUGCCCAUCCCCAACGGGCCCCGCAUUAUUACUCCAGAUUCGUCCAGCGAGGAGGCCAGCAGCUCCACGCACAGCCACAAGACUUCCCGUACCUCCGGCACAAGAGAAAGAGUGCGCUUCAGUGACAAAAUUCUGUACCACGCGUUGUGCUGUGACGAUGACGAGGAGGAGGAGGAGCAGGACGAGUUGCAGGAGGACAAGAGUGGCUGUGCUACGCCAGACAGUGAUACUGAGCCCAGUCUCCUGGCUAGCUCGGUCGCCCCCAAACGUUCUUCCUCGGAGCACUCACUCCUCCAUAACUGUCUGGACCCUUCCUAUGUCUCCUCGCCAGUGAAGGUGACGACAGGAGCUCACACACUACCCAGGAAAGGUCUCUUAAACCCCGGCUGCCGCAAAAAACUGUUACGAAAUAGCAGCACACAAACUGUCUCUGACAAGAGCACCCAAACUGUACUGCCCUAUAUUCCAACCAAACAGAAAACAAAGGACCACUGAGAAAGCUCUGAAAGUUUAUCAUAAAUCUCAUGAAGAGGACUGUGCAUUAUUUAAUAUUAAAUACAUAGCUCAUAGAUUAAUACACAAAUUAAUUAAUUACUAAAUAAAUAAAUGAUAUAUGGGAAA